AUGCUCCAAGCGCAGACCCAACACGUUUUCUCUCAUCAGCAUCAAUAUCCCCAAGCUGAUCCCUCCUGGCUGCAGCAUCAACAACAGCAGCAACAACAGCACCACCAGGGUCAGCCGCACCCACACCAGUCGCAGCAGCAGCACGCUUCCUUGGUCGCCCAACAGCAUGCCCAGGUGCAAGCUGCCGCUGCCGCAGCUCAACAACAACAACAACACUAUGGCCGCAUUGCUAUGAAUGGUAAUGGCGCCGGCAACCCUGGGCAGGGAGCCGGCGGCAGCGGCGGCAUGGGUGGAGAGGGCAUGGCCAAUGCGGUCUCCGUCAUGGACGGUGGAAUCAGUGAAGAGAAUCGCAAGGUCUUCAUUUGGGUCGCAGAGCUGUUAGAUCCCGCUCGUAGGGAAACUGCUUUGAUGGAACUGAGCAAAAAACGGGAACAGGUCCCCGAAUUGGCUCUGGUUAUUUGGCACUCUUUUGGUGUCAUGACUGCGCUCCUUCAGGAAAUUAUUUCGGUUUAUCCGCUAUUGAACCCUUCUCAACUCACUGCCGCCGCUUCAAAUCGAGUCUGCAAUGCGCUGGCGCUUUUGCAAUGCGUCGCAUCCCACAAUGAGACCCGCACUCUGUUCUUGAACGCUCACAUCCCUCUUUUCCUCUACCCCUUCCUCAACACCACAUCCAAGUCUCGACCGUUUGAAUACCUCCGACUAACUUCGCUGGGCGUCAUCGGCGCCUUGGUGAAGAAUGAUUCAUCUGACGUGAUCAACUUCCUCCUGACCACUGAGAUUAUUCCUCUUUGUCUUCGUAUCAUGGAGACUGGAUCAGAGCUGAGCAAAACUGUUGCCAUCUUCAUUGUGCAGAAGAUCCUCCUUGAUGACAUCGGUUUGGGCUAUAUUUGUGCGACUUAUGAAAGGUUCUACGCUGUAGGCACUGUCCUCAGCAAUAUGGUCACCCAGUUGGUGGAGCAACAGACUGUUCGCCUGCUCAAACAUGUUGUGCGCUGUUUCCUUCGUCUGAGUGACAACAGUCGGGCCCGAGAGGCAUUGAGGCAAUGUCUCCCUGAACCCCUUCGCGACGCCACGUUCUCGUCCGUCCUCCGCGACGAUGCAGCUACCAAGCGCUGUCUGGCUCAACUCCUCAUCAACCUGUCCGAUACCGUCUCGGAAGGGGCUCCCGCAGCCAUGUAA